AUGCCCGUGGCGAUUUUCCAGCUCUCCUUGACGCACUUCUGCGAAGUGCAUGGCCCCACGUCCAUCAUCUGCUCCCAAGUUCUUCCUUUCUCAUGCGCCCAAUGUCACCCUGAUACCGAGGCCUCCCCCGAUACCACCUCCCACUCCCCGCGUGAGUCGCGAUCACCUAGCACCUCCGCCCCCGAGGCGCCCGAAUCCAAGUCUCCCAAGAUCGAGGACCACCCGUAUUUUCUACGUCCGUCACCGGGCUCCCCCGAAGAUCGAGCCAACCGGGUCGGUGGUGCAGAUGGCGACACGUGCGCCAGCUGCAGCUUGUCCCUCCCGAAAGAUGUGAGCAAGCAACUGUCUCCGAGUGCGCCCGGCAGUCGCGAUGGCAAAGGGAACAACGGAAGCCCCGUCUUACGAUCACGCGCGCUCGUCUACUUGUGCGGCAAUAAUCACUCUGAUGCGGACGACGAUAUCCCAGACCCCCACAUGCACGCUUCUCCGCCCGACUCCCUGCAUUCCUCCUCCGUCGCAUCCGAUUCAUCAUGUCAUUCACAUAUCCUUACCUACCUCUCUCUCCGUGGUCCGCCUAAUCCCGCCGAUUACGCCCUCCUUCGCCGCUCCUCCAUCCGCACCUUGAGCUGCGAGCUCCUCCCACGCGGUCUGUCAUCCGGUCCUCUAUGCUUUGGAGAUUCCGUCGCAGGCUACACAAUCGCCUAUAUCUUCCGACUGCCCGAUCCCAUGGCGCGCGGUAAACGCCGCAGUUAUGCCUUGGUGGCGCUCGCCGGGAAGGACGCCGGAAGAGCAUUCCGGGCGUGCCCCAUCAUCUGGCGCGCAUUCGGUCGCAUUGCAUCCAGCAUCGUAAGCGCUGCAGAGCGCUUCCAAGAAGAAGAGAAGCGACGUGAGGAACAAAACAACACCAAUACUCAACCCGGAGGCCGUCAAUACACUCCCGUCUCGUCGUUCCUCACGGGCCGGGCUAUGGAUCCGGCGGGCCAGCCACGCCGACUCGGCCAAAUCCGCGCUCGCAACCUGGCCGAGAUCGUGGGCAAUGAAUACAUCUUUACCCAGAUUCAUGCGCACUUUGUUGCGCUCCUACGCCAACUCGGCUCGAUGUUCGGUGGGGUGCCCGUUUCAGACGAGCGCUUCGUCUGCAGUACCGUGCGUGAUGAGGAUAGCGCUACGACGACCCAACCGGUUCUUGUGUCACCUGGCAGAGACCGGGACCGGAAACGCCACUCCGUCUCCCAAUAUGACGGCAAUGAUCUUGACAUGGCGAAGCUCGACCUGACCUCGGGCCCAAAGCCGAUUCCAAUCACCACCACCCGCCGCUCUGUCGUGGCGUGA